AUAAACACCAAAUUUGACACUUCCUGUUCAUAUUAUCUUUUUUUGAAUUCAUUGUGCUGUGAGGUUUCUCAAUGGAAUUUAGUUUAUUUCAAUGCCAGAAUGUUUCCAUCUCACUUGAUUCUUUCUUUGUAUCUCUUUUCUUCAAUUAUUUGUGAUGAAAGGGGCCCAAGGGUCAAAAGAAUAGUGGGCGGGCGCCCUGCGGAUCCACCUCCAAUAGACGAUCCUGCAGUUUUCACACAUUUUGCUGGUAAAUCGGCACGAGUACAGGGUGUUUUAGAUUUUCCCCACUACGUUUUCAGAGGAAUUAAAUACGCUCACCCACCUAUUGGAAAAAAUAGAUUUUUGCGACCUCGGCAAAAAUUUUUGGAAGGAACUGUAAAUGCUACAAUGUAUGCUCCUCCAUGCAUCCAACCCCGCCCGGGAACAAAUUUGGUGGUUGGAAGUGAAGAUUGUUUAGCCCUCAAUGUGUUCACACCAGAAUUACCUACAGGUUCAGAGGGGUUGCCAGUGCUAGUUUGGAUUCACGGAGGAGGAUUUAGGUAUGGUUCUGCAUCUCAGUACGGGCAUACGCAUAUCAAAAUAUUCUUGAAUUUUACAGGAUUAACUUCUGGAAUAAUAGCCAUGUCUGGAACAGCAAUUUCACGCUGGGCUGUAGAUCAUACUCCCCACGAUACAGCUCAAGAUAUUGCCAAACAAAAUGGUUGUCCAACUGUCAAUGCUUUAACGAUGGUCAAAUGCCUACAGUCAUUGUCUCCAGACUCAAUAGUUAAGGGUGAUUCUAACAUAGAAUUCCAACGGAUCCAGUCAAAGGGGUUCAUUUCGGGACUGUCAGGUGACUUGGGCUGUGCACCUGUAAAAGAAGGGUUUAACGACGGUAGGUCUCUGCCAGGUUUUGUUCAAGACGAACCAAUGAAUGACAUGGAAAAGCAAAGAAAUCCCAAAGUUCCCCUACUAACAGGCAUAGUAAAGGAUGAAACUAAGAAAUCAAUAAAAGGGUACUUAAAAACUGAUAUUCUUCAAAAGUUGAAUACGAUUCCCGACUUUGUAGAUAAAGUUUUAGUAGAAAAAUUGAGGCAAUUUGUUCCUCUCAAAGUUAACAUGGACAUUGUUAAAAAUGUGAAUGAUCUUGGAAGUUCUCUUACUAAUUUGUUACCAGUCAGUUUUAAAAAUUAUUUGAAACACAAUGCAGACAAUCUUUUACAAACGCUGGACAAAAUUUCUGAUGUGACAAAUGAUGCACUAUUUAAUGUUCCGGCUUUUCUCACAGUUGACAGAUGGUCAAAAAAUGGUGCACAGACCUUUUUAUACAGUUUUGAACAUUCAGGAAAAUUGAAAAAAGGAAAUUCUUUUCUAUUAGGAUCUCCACUUAUUGGUAAUUCCACUAACAACGCAGAAGAGAGCAACGACACAGUGAGUCAUGGAGAUGAUCUAGCAUAUUUAUUUGAUGCAUAUGAUAUUGAAGGAAACUCUCUGGAUACCGAUAAUAACAUAAGUGAAGAUGACAAAAAUGUCCGAGAAUUUUUCACUCAAAUGAUAGCCGAUUUUGCUCGACACGGUGCUCCCAAGAUAAACAAUAAAAUUAUGUCACCAUUUUCCAGCGCCAAGAACAAUUUUCUUCGAAUCAAAGCAAAGCCUAUGUUGGCGGAGGGUUUCAAAUUCUGCGAGAUGGCUCUGUGGUGUAACAUAGCUGAAAGGCUGAAAAGUACUGCUUGUGCCUUUUGGAAUGGAGUUAAUGAAUUUAUAAACAAAACAAGUCUUAAUAACUUGGCUCCCAACAAAAUAUUGGAGAAAGUCAAGCCACUCGACGUUUUAGCAAUGGGAUCAGUAAAAAAACCGCAGGUAAUGGACUUUGUUAACGGAGGACAGACUAACAAUGUUUUUCCAAAUUUAUUUGGUGGUAGCAAUGAAAACCUAUUGUCGCCCCUAAAUGGGGAGAGUUCAAGUGGAAAGAAAAAUUCUUGGGGUUUGUUAGACGGUCAAACAACUAAUAAUAUUCCGAGAGAGCAAAAAGGGCUUGCAGCAGGUACUGGUAGUCAACUGAUGAACAAAUCCAGACAAAAUAUAAAUGGAAGUCCAAGAAAUGAUUUUAUUGACAAUAAACUCGAUACUAACACCAGUAGAAAUAUAAAUUAUGGACAAAGUUUUGGUAAUAUCGAAGAUUCAGUAAAUAAAGUUUUUGGUACCAACCAGAAAAACUAUCCUGAUUCACAAAACAUUGAAAAGUUGGUAAAUAAUGUUUUCGGUUCCAAAGGUACAAAUACAGAUUCUGACAGUAACCCUGGUAACAUGGAAGAAUCAGAGAGUAAAAAUGUAGGCAGUAAUGGUGUUAGGGAAAAUCAAGGAAUAAAUUCAAAUGAUAUUAGCUAUAAACAAAAGACAUCUUCGCCUAACUUGUGGGGAAUAUUUGGGAACAAAAAUCAUGAGAACUCUAGAGAUAGUAAGCCUACUUUAAGUUUAGGGGGUAUCAUAGGGUGAAGCAAAAGAGUUUUUAUAAAAGUGUAUUUACAGAAUUAUUAAAUAAAAGUUCAUUCUUAUUUCAUUA